GUCUGUGCUAGUACAGAGUGUACUCUGUCCUACAUCGCGCUGUAUACUCCUAUACUCCUGCGAAGCGUUUCUAUAAAGCUGCGUCUACACAAAUCGGUUUGUGAGCGAACGAGGCACCAAUUGUCUAUGCGAUCGUCUCUUGCCAGAGAGCAUCGAGGUAUCUUAUAGUUGGUGCGAAAAGAGGGAAUACCUGGAGAGCGACAGUCAGACUACAAGAUGUCUGCGAAAAGCGUGAAGGGCGAGCAGGGCAAGAAGCCAGCCAGCGCUGCCGUCAACUUGAUCGCUGGUGGAGGUGCCGGCAUGAUGGAAGCCCUGGUGUGUCACCCGCUGGAUACGAUCAAAGUGAGAAUGCAGUUGUCCAGAAGAGGACGGACACCAGGAACAAAGAAGCGGGGCUUCGUCGCGACAGGGCGAGACAUUGUGAAGAGAGAGACAGCAUUCGGUCUAUACAAGGGUCUGGGCGCCGUUCUUACUGGUAUUGUCCCGAAGAUGGCUAUCCGAUUCACCUCCUACGAGUGGUACAAGCAGUUCCUGGCAAACGAGAACGGGGUUGUGACCUCGCAGGCGACAUUCCUAGCUGGUUUAGGCGCUGGCGUGACAGAAGCCGUGGCUGUAGUGACACCCAUGGAAGUCGUCAAGAUCCGAAUGCAGGCUCAAUACCACAGUUUAUCCGAUCCCCUUGACGUUCCUAAGUACCGGAGCGCUCCUCACGCUCUGUUGACCGUGCUACGAGAAGAAGGAUUUGGCGCUCUAUACCGCGGUGUAUCGUUGACGGCGCUGCGACAAGGCACAAACCAGGCGGUCAAUUUCACGGCGUAUACGGAGUUUAAGGCGGCGCUGCAGAAAGCGCAGCCAGAGUAUCAGGGCAAGAACUUGCCGAGUUGGCAGACGACUAUUAUAGGUUUGAUUUCGGGAGCCAUGGGUCCCUUUUCCAAUGCGCCCAUCGACACCAUCAAGACGCGGUUACAAAAGACGCCGGCGGAACCGGGCCAGACGGCCAUUCAGAGGAUCACACUCAUAACGAGGGAUAUGUUCAGGCAGGAGGGACCCAGAGCGUUUUAUAAAGGUAUCACGCCCCGGGUGAUGCGGGUCGCGCCUGGUCAAGCCGUGACUUUCACGGUAUAUGAAUACCUCAAGAAGCAUAUUGAGGACAGUAACUUUUUGAACUUUGGAGGUGGGCAGUAUGAGGAAUGAGCACCCAAUUGCACCAAGUAUAUCCUGAGACCUGAGGAGAUGAGAUGGAGCAAGGUGAAUGAGGACAUGGACAUGACCAUGGUGCACAUGUCGUUUUUCGCAUUUUCUUGGAGCGAGACAAAACAAAAGCAUCGGUCUUUGUUUGCGUCAGAUACCAUGCCUUUUUAUAUUGUACAUAGUCGGCUCC